AUCGUUUAGUAGACGCAUGUUGCCCCUGUGGGAUGGAUUGUCGUGCUGGCGGCGGUGAAGGGCGCUGUGCAGUGAGCGUGGCAGGUGUCAUGUGGCAGGGAUGGGGGCCGCCGCCCCCUGUGCUCUAACGUGCUGGCCCACAGUGUCCGGCGGAGGACCAGCCGCACCCGACGCGGCUCCGCAGUGAAUUGUGUUGUGUGACAUGGCCAUCGCCGUGGGAGGCGAAGAAAGUGCUGGUGAGGGCGGUGUGUGGGCGUCCGGGUCCCGCCCGCAUGAAGACUUGUGCACUAGAACUAGCUGGGCAGACGCCCGCACCGCCCUCGCCCAUAUUAACAAGGGGCGGGCGACAGGAAGCCGGGCGGCCCUGUGGGUGCGGACUAAGCUCCAGAUGCAGCUGCUUCAACUGGGCCUGUUCAGCCACAAACACGCCGGCAAGGUGCUCUUCGUGGCGCUGCUCGUCCUCGCCACCUUCUGCGUGGGUCUCAAGAGUGCUACUUUACUCACUGAUGUACAGAAACUUUGGGUGGAAGAAGGAGGACGACUGGAGGCGGAGCUGGAGUACGUGACGAGGAGCUUGGGCAAGGGCGCCGGCACCACGCAGCAGAUGGUUAUUCUCUCCGGCAGGGACCCCGGCGUGAGUGUGCUGCACCCCCGCGCCCUCCUCGCCCACGCCGCUGUGCUCCGGGCGGCGACACAGGUGAAGGUGGAACUGUUUGAUAGUUCGUGGGGCCUGAAGGACCUGUGUUUUGCUCCCAGUUUCCCAGUCUUCGAUAAUCACUUAAUAGAAAAGAUCUUCGAAAUGAUCACCCCCUGCACGAUUAUCACGCCCUUGGAUUGUUUCUGGGAGGGAUCUAAGCUGCUGGGGCCUGAGUAUCCUGUCACUGUGCCAGGCCUCGGGUCGGGCAUCAGGUGGACGAAUCUCAACCCACAGAAGAUCCUUGACAACAUGAAGGAGUUCGAAGGAUACAAGAGGUUUUUCCCCUUCUCCUCCUUCGACGACUUCAUGAAGCGGGCGGGCAUCACCACAGCCUACCAGGAGAAGCCUUGUCUGGACCCCACCGACCCGCUCUGCCCAGACACGGCGCCCAACAAACACUCCGGCCAGGCGCCAGACGUCGGGGCGGAGCUGACAGGCGGCUGCUACGGGUUCGCCAGCAAGUACAUGCACUGGCCGGAGGAGCUAAUAGUGGGCGCCCCUACAGCCAACAAGACGGGGCAUAUUGUGAGGGCCGAGGCAUUGCAGUCGCUGGUUCAACUGAUGGGCUCCAAGAAUCUAUACGAGUACUUUUUGGAUACUUAUCGCGUCCACCACAUCGAUUGGUCGCAGGAGAAGGCGGCGAUGAUCCUGGAGGCGUGGCAGGACAAGUUUACGGAGGAGGUUCUGAAGGAGACGGAGAGGCUGCACAACCUGACGCGACCCUACCAGAUGCUGCCCUUCACCUCAGCGGCCCUGGACCACCUCCUGCAGGACUUCUCUGAGGUGCCCGUGGUCAGGGUGGCGCUCGGAUAUGUCUUCAUGGUCGUGUAUGCUUGUGUGUCCCUGGCAAGACUCACAGACUCAGUGCGAUCAGCCGCGGGUCUUGGGCUGGCCGGGGUGCUGCUGGUGACCGCGUCCGUGGCUGCGGGGCUCGGCUUCUGUGCCCUCCUCGGCCUGCCCUUCAACGCUUCCACCACGCAGGUCCUCCCGUUCCUCGCCCUCGGCCUGGGAGUGGAUGACAUGUUCCUGCUCGCCCACACCUUCCUGCAGACAGCGGAUAACACGUGUAUUCCCUAUCAGGAGCGCGUGGGAGAGGUGGUGAAGCGCGCCGGGGUCUCCGUGGUUCUCACUUCAGUCUGCAACGCCUGCGCCUUCUUCGCGGGCGCCCUGGUACCCGUGCCCGCCCUGCGAGCCUUCUGCCUGCAGGCGGCGCUGCUGGUGCUGUUCAACCUGGUGGCGUCCCUCACCGUGUUCCCGGCCAUCAUGAGCCUCGACCUGCGCCGUCGCCACGCCCGUCGCGCCGACCUCUUCUGCUGUCUGCCCGGGGGCGCCAGGGACCAGGUAGUGCCCCUGCAGCAGCAGCAGCAGCAGCCCGCCUCGUGCGGGGCAGCGGAGGAGGGGCGUGGUGGUGCGCCGCGCCGGCAGCCCCGCCCCACGCCCAGCCUGCCUGACCGUACCAGGAAGGACACAGUGACGCGGGCGCUACCUCCUCCUGGGGGCGGCACCGUGACCCACGUGGUGCCACCCUCAACGCCCCGGGAGUGCUGGGGCGCGCCGCAGGACCCGCACUCCGCCACGCCCUCCCUGGAGUCGCUGUCCACCACCACAUCCACGCGGGACCUGGUGGACGGCGGCAGAAAGCGCUCCGGCAUGGCGCGGGCGUGGGCGUCGGCGGUGCGGCAGUGGUGUGACUGGAGCAUCAGCGGCGUGGCGGGCGCGGUGUAUGGCCCGGCGCUGACGCACGGGGCGGUGAAGGCGGCGGCCAUGGUGGGACUGAUGGCGUCGGUGGCGGCUGCGGCGUGGGGCGUGAGUCGCGUGGAGGACGGCCUCAACCUGACAGACGUGGUGCCCGCGGACACGCCGGAGUACGCCUUCUUCGCGGCGCAGCAGAAGUACUUCGGGUUCUACAACAUGUUCGCAGUGACGCAAGGCAACGUGGAGUACCCCAGCAAGCAGCGCCUCCUGCACGACUACUACGACGCCUUCAACAGGGUGACCCACAUCAUCAAGAACGACGACGGCGGCCUGCCCGAGUUUUGGCUCUCGCUCUUCAGGGACUGGCUCAUCGGUCUCCAGGCGGCGUUCGAUAGGGACUGGCGGGACGGGUGCAUCACGCAGGAGACGUGGCACAAAAACGCUUCUGAGGAGGGGGUACUGGGUUAUAAGCUUCUCGUGCAGACUGGACACGUCGAUAACCCCAUUGACACGUCGCUCGUCACUCAGAUUCGCCUGGUGGACUCUGAGGGCAUCAUCAACCCUAAGGCUUUCUACAACUAUCUCACGGCCUGGGUCAACACGGACGCCCUCGCCUACACCUCCUCCCAGGCUGACCUGCGCCCGGAGCCUCGCCAGUGGUCCCAUGAUAGAUACGACUAUGAAUUGAAGAUCCCGAAGAGCCCGCCGCUGGUGUACACGCAGCUGCCCUUCUACCUGCACCAGCUGAGCGACACGGCGUCCAUCACCGCUAUGAUACAGGAGGUGCGCGCCAUUUGCAGGAAGUUCGAGGAGAGAGGCCUUCCAAACUUCCCUACCGGCGUGCCCUUCACCUUCUGGGAGCAGUACAUCAAGCUCAGGUUCUAUCUGGUGCUGGCGCUGCUGGCGGUGCUGACGGCGGUGUUCCUGGUGCUGUCCGUGGUGCUGAUGAACCUGUGGGCUGCCGCUCUGGUGGUGUUGCUCCUCGCCGCCCUCGUGCUGCAGCUGUUUGGUCUCCUGGGCGUGCUGGGCGUGAAGCUGUCAGCCGUGCCCGCCGUGCUGCUCAUUGUCAGCGUGGGGGUGGGCGUGGAGUUUUGCGUGCACGUGACUGUGGGCUUCCUGACGGCGGUAGGCGGGCGGGACAGGCGCGUGGUGUUAGCUCUGCAGCACAUGGCGGCGCCGGUGCUGCACGGGGCCGCCUCCACGCUGCUGGCCUCCCUCAUGCUGCUCUUCUCUGAGUUCGACUUCAUCAGGAGGUACUUCUUCAGCGUGCUUCUGGCCCUGACGGUGCUGGGUAUCCUGGACGGCCUGGUCUUUCUGCCUGUCCUGCUGUCCCUGGUGGGUCCCCCUGCAGAAGUCGUACCAAGGAACCACCCGGACCGCCUUCCCACACCCUCUCCGCCGCCCACGCCGCAGCCCACGCACGCCCAUGCCCACAGCGGGUCGUCCAGGCGCAGCGGCAGUCGUGUUUCCUCCGGGAGAAGCUCAAGGAGGUCGUCGGGGGUCCGUGGGCGGCUCAGGGUCGUUAUACCCACGACUUCACGGGUCUAACUUGUCCUUAACGACCAUCACUGAGGAGCCGUCGUCCUCCACCAGGUCUUCCCAGUCCCUCAGGUCGUCCCAUGAGAUCGUGGUGGAGCCUCAGGUGGUGCGUGGAGACGACCACCUCCCCCGCCACGACCACUGGGGG